UUCGCAUUUGAUUCUCACUUCAUAGAAAUAUUUAAUGAUCUCUGUUAUAAUUUCAUCAUAGUCAUUGCUUACCAGUAUCUUGUAUCCAUUUAAUUUAUAUUUCUGUAACAUAACUCUCUGAUUAUCAGUUAAUUGGCCAUUUCCCCUUGGUGUUUUAAACUCAAUUGCAAAUCCUGGAUAUAUCUUGUGAAAAUUUUGUAUUACCAUAUCUGGUGCACCCGUCUGAUAUCCCAUAUUGUAUGAUCUUAUUCUCAUGUUACUAUUUAUUUGGUUUUCACCCAAUGAUACGGACAUAAUUGUAUCCGGAUAAUGGUUUCUAAUAUAAUUGACAACUUAGAGCAUAUUCUGAUUCUAUUGUGUAUGUCAACAUUUCGAAUUUCUUUUUCUCAUACUUUCCAGUUUUCCUUAUUGAUGGUAUAACUAUCGCUGUAACCCAUCUUUUGAAUUCUUUUGCUUUCUCCAUCUUUGAUCCUAAAAUAAGGCUAUAUAAUUCUGAUUCAUUUACAUACACCAUAUGUCCAUUUUUUAGGGGUUGCGUUUUGUGACCCCAAGAUUUUAGCCCCGUUUUCAAAACGCCCCAAGAUUUUAGGUCAUUUAGUGUCGUUUUAUCUUCUGGCUCAACAUGAUCUAAAAUAACCUGGCGAGUAUUUUUAUAUUCAAAUAUAUUGGCAAUUGUUUUGGCCUUGAAUCAAACAGUGUCAUUAACUUUAAUAACAUUUAAUUUCACAUCUUCAUAAAUAAAUAUAUCUCCCAUAAUAAUAAUUACUAAUAAUGUUAUUUUCUUAAGUAUAAUCUUUCAAAUACCAUCAAUCGGUUUAUUGUAUCUAAUUAAAAAUAUGUAACAUCUGCAUUCACUGCAUAAUGCCCAAUAGAUAAAGUUUCCACCGAUUAUUCUAUAAUACGGUUUUACAUCAUUAGAUAGCCUAUAACAUUGAUUACAAUAACUGUAAAUUUAAUAGUCUUCCAUAUAACUAUAGAUUAUUAUUUCUUUCUUUUUUCAUACCAAUAAAUACCACCACCAACCAUAGUCAUAUUAGCAACAAUAAAUCCUAAUUCCCUACAUUUCUGUGAUUCUGAUGGUUUAUAGAAGUCUGAUAAUUUAGGUUCAGGUGGUAGUUCUGGUAUUUUGGCACCAGUAAGCACAUAAUAUCUUUUCAUCGCAAGUCCUAAGUCAUAAAACCUUUUUUCUAAUAAGUUUUCCUUUCUUAUUUCAUUAUUUGUGUAAUCAAUUCGUUUUCUCUUUUUUUAGCCCAUGCUAUUUGAGCCUUUUGCAUUGUUUUCAAUUGCUAGGUUGUGUCUUUUUCUCUCUUCAUCACUUCCCCUUAGUGCACUUAAAAAGAAAUUACUACCCGAGAAAGCAAGAGAAUUCACAAUAGCACCAAUUCCCAUCAUUGCUAAGCUAGCCAUCUUAUAUAUUAUCAGGAAUUAUUUUUUGCUUCACUAGAUAGUCCUUAGUCAUAUCAGCAGCAGCAACAACAACUACCAAUUUAAAAGUAUCCUCUAUAUCAAAUUAACUAAGAGAGGGUGGUGUCAUUUUAAACAGUGAUUUUCCUAGCAUAAUGUAUCCAACAGCUAGUCCAGAAACGACAGCUGUAUCACGUACAGGCUUUCUUUUAUAUUUUUUUAGUGUAAUCCGUAGUACUCAUUAUAUAUUAUGGUAUAGAAAAAGUUAUUCCAUACUAAAGAUAUCUUGACUAGGUUUUUUGAUACCUACCUUUGGCUUUUCUGGUUCUUCAAUUGACUGUGGUUUGUGUUGUAAUACUGGUAUUUUCUUUUUUAUUUGGCUAUACGCAAUAUAUCCACCUAUUAACAAUAUGCCUGCAUCAACAACCACAUACUGGUAAUUAUUUGUUUUGUUUUGUUUUUCAGCAUGGUGUUCUUCUUGCUUAGUUAUACUGUCAUUGAGUCUUUUUAGUUCUUCUUUUUUAUGACGAUUAAUGUUCAACAAGCUUUUUACCCUGUUCAACUCUUAGGGGGUUCUCCUGUUUUGUUACUUUCUGAUCCUCCACUACUGUUGCUACUGCUGUUGUUGGUUCCACUAUUUGCUGCUCUUCUAUUAUUACUACUAUUAGUGCUAGAAUUUUUCACAUAAUGUCUACCUGUAAUCAUGGCUACACUAACUGGUGCUAGUGUUGCACCAAAUCGAUAGUACAUAUCACAAGUGAAUCUCUGUAAAGCGGUAUUAAGAAAUGGAUCAUUCUCUAGAUCAUCAUUUAGUUCUUUUUUUUUUUCCAUACCUAAAGCCCCACAUGCUAUAAUAGAAAUAUAAACCAUUUAAUGAUUUUCCUAAUGAUUUAGUCAUCUGACCACUUAAUUUACCCUGUUCAACUCUUAGGGGGUUCUCCUGUUUUGUUACUUUCUGCUCCCCCACUACUGUUGCUACUGCUGUUGUUGGUUCCACUAUUUGCUGCUCUUCUAUUAUUACUACUAUUAGUGCUAGAAUUUUUCACAUAAUGUCUACCUGUAAUCAUGGCUACACUAACUGGUGCUAGUGUUGCACCAAAUCGAUAGUACAUAUCACAAGUGAAUCUCUGUAAAGCGGUAUUAAGAAAUGGAUCAUUCUCUAGAUCAUCAUUUAGUUCAUUUUUAUUUUCCAUACCUAAAGCCCCACAUGCUAUAAUAGAAAUAUGAACCAUUUAUUGAUUUUCCUAAUGAUUUAGUCAUCUGACCACUUAAUUUGCUCUCAUAUCUUGUUGACAUAUUAUUGAUCUCAUCAGCAUUCAUCACCAUUAUUUGUUGUCCAGUGUAUUCUUUACCUAGAUGUUGUUUAGAAUUGCCCGAUGGAUCCACUUCUUCCAUUGGUCCUUCAAUUAGUGGUUGUUCUAUCUUUUUCUUUCUUCUAACAUUUCUUUUAGGUUUUAUUUCUUUGGCAAUUCUUUUCUAAAUUAAUUAAUUGAUCAAGUAUCUUAGAAUCCAUUACUAUAUUUAUAAGAUAGAAAAUCUUACGCAACUUAUAACAUGGAUAUAUAAUUGCAAAGAUAAUUGUUAAUAACAAAAUAAAAUUAGCGUAUUCAAUCAUUAUAUUAUUAAUUAACAGAUUUAUAACUAGCGUAUAACUAGUGUAUCAACAAAUUUUAGCAGGAUUUUAACAAAUAAUAACUAGUUGUUUGGUAACACUUCAGUGUAAGUUUAGAAUAUGGUAUAUUUUGCAGGAGUGUUUUCAAUUUAUCUCGUUCAUUCUUAUCUGGCACAACAUCAUCUUAAACAAUCUUCAAAACUAUCUCUAUCUUUGGUGAAGAACAAGCAAAGCCAUUUAACUUGUUCUCUAAAGUCUUUUGAAACCGAAUUAUACUUUUGUAGGGAGUGAUUUCUAUGUCUACCAGAGAAUGUAAGUUCUGAUAAUGCAUCACGUAUUUUAUUGACUUCACCUUCAUCAAUUAUAGAUAGUGUUUCGUAGCCCUUAAAAUUAUUGGUAAAUAGUCUAAUCCAUUCAUUUAAUUUACAUUCUACAUCAUAAACAAUAAAUACACUUUCAUCAUCGCGUAACUACUUUCUUGAUAAGUACGUCUUAUUAUCUAAAACUGUUGGACAUAGAAUAAUAAUGUAUUCAAAAUGGUGCUUAUAUUUAGUUUCAAGUAGUUUUAAUAAGUAUUCAGUUUUACUACAUGCGGUUGCACCAACAAACAUUGCACUAUGAGGAAAUUUUGGAAAGUUCAUUAUAUAUUUAGUACAUAAUAUUAACAAACGCACCAUUUAAAUGUUAAUUUGGGCAUCCAUAAAUAGAUGGAUAUAACACUGCAGAUUACCACCAGCUCCAGCCGCCUUUGUAAUAGCAAGAGUAAAACCUUCUGAAGCAUUCUCAAUACGUCUACCUGUUCCAUAUAGUGUGUUAUCAUCAGAUGAUCUAAAAUCCAACCACAAUCCAAAUUUUUUUGUAUAAUAAUCUACCAUUCUCAUAUUAAAUACAUUUAACUCAUGUUGUGCUUAGCCAUGUUGUUUCAAUCUACCAGCACCAAAGUGUUUCUUGAUUUCAUCUCAUUGGUGAUAGCUUUUCAUCCCCUGUGCGUAUAAUUGAUUAGAUUUUCCUUCAACAGCUACCUCAACAUUAGUAAUUUUAGGGUUGUAGAAUUUUUCAGUGUCUCUUGCGCAAUCAGUCUCUUUUGUAAACAGCAUUAGAAUACCUUUUAGACUCUUUGCUGGUGUGUUGAAAUUCAUAUUCCAUACUGUAUCGCCAUCUUUUAGAACAACAUGUCUGUGUCUUAAAAUUCGAUCAUACGAAAUACUCGUCCUCAUAUAUUCAUUUUUGAUUUCAGAUGCCAAUCUUGAAUUAGAAAUUACAUCAAACUGCAAUGAGAUGUUGCUAAUUGUUGUUUCAAUCUACCAGCACCAAAGUGUUUCUUGAUUUCAUCUCAUUGGUGAUAGCUUUUCAUCCCCUGUGCGUAUAAUUGAUUAGAUUUUCCUUCAACAGCUACCUCAACAUUAGUAAUUUUAGAGUUGUAGAAUUUUUCAGUGUCUCUUGCGCAAUCAGUCUCUUUUGUAAACAGCAUUAGAAUACCUUUUAGACUCUUUGCUGGUGUGUUGAAAUUCAUAUUCCAUACUGUAUCGCCAUCUUUUAGAACAACAUGUCUGUGUCUUAAAAUUCGAUCAUACGAAAUACUCGUCCUCAUAUAUUCAUUUUUGAUUUCAGAUGCCAAUCUUGAAUUAGAAAUUACAUCAAACUGCAAUGAGAUGUUGCUAAUUGUGUAUGUAGCCUCCGUCUUAAUCACUUUAUUGUAUUCAUUAAACGUUAGUUCGUAUGAAAGCCUACCCGCUAGUUCAGACUGAUAGAAGGGCAUAGAUCCAGCAUUUCAAAGUCUAGUGGAAUACAAAACUUAUUACCAAAUGCUGUAGAUAUUGUUUCAUCUCCAGGGUAUGCUGCUUUGUCUCCUGCACCAAAUCGAUAUUUAAUAGCAUUUUCAGUUUGUCCAUUUGCUCUGGUAACAAUACCUUGAAAUAUGUGUCAAGUGUGUCACUGUCAUCAAUACUAAGUGUUUCAUUGCCCUCGAUUUUUAUAACUUUUUUCUUAAUAAUAGCCCUUUCAAUAUUUUUAACCAAUGUUCUGUUCAAAUCAUUGGUUGAAUUAAGGGUAAUAUCAAAUGUUAAUCUGGUUGUUCCUGGAACUAUGACAUCAGUAUCCGUCAAAUUUGGAAACCGUACAUUUACUCAUUUAUUCCAAUAGUAGUUGGAUUAUUAGUAACGGUAAGAUGUUGUCUAUUCCCUUUAAUUCCAAAAGCAUUUUUAAGUGAUCUAUUAGGAUUUAGUUUUUCUUCUGUGGUUGUCAUUAUAUAUUUAUACAAUAGAAAAAGUAACACAAUAUGAAGAACAACCGAUGUAGGUAAAUUAUUGUUUAUAAUAUUUCUGUCAUUAUCUAAUAGCUCAACAUUAAUAUAAUCUAUUAUACCAUUUCUCAUAGUUUUGUAUUGAACAUUAGUUGGCUCAAAUAUUAUUGUAUCACCAAAUGAAACAUCUUUAGGUGUGUAUCCAGUAUAAAGGGUAUUGGAUGGAAUUGUUGAUCUUCUAUCUAGGCGAUUACUAAUAAGAAUCACUUGGUGGUGGGGUUUUAAUUGUGUUGAACCAGUAUCAUUGGUAAUUCGUUGUGUUUAGUCAGAGUGGUGUUCAUUAGUGUUGAGUUGAAUCAAUCACACUAAUUUAGCGUUGCGUUAUACACAGAAAGAACUAUUGCGAAGAUAACCUACAGAAUCUUAAAAUCAAGAUGCCAUAGUGAAAAGAAAAGGAGGUGCAGACUCAACAAUUUGAUUGGUGAUCUACAUUCUAUGUUAUUACCUGACAAGAUGAAACAAUUUGACAAAGCAACAGUACUACAGAUGACAAUUGACUUCUUAAGAAAAUAUAGUGGAGAAGGCAAGUCAAGUAAAUCAUUUUACCUACAAUGUGAUGAAAUUGGUCAGCUUAUGACACAGAUCUUAAAUGGUUUUGUGAUGGUCAUCAGUGAAGAUGCAAAAUUUGUUUAUGCAGCAGAUGUCAUUGAGAAUAUUUUAGGCAUGAAACCGGCAGCGUUAAUGGGCAAAACAGUUCACUCUGUUGUACAUAAAGAUGAUCAGAGCAAACUAUUGAAAGAAAUUCUGUCUGGUUGUUCCAAUGAAAGUCGAAGGUCAUCUGCUGCUUUUGAUUCUGCUAACAAAGACACCAUCUUGUUGGACUUUCGUAUAUGUGUGGAAAAAGAAGGUCUUCCAACAGAAUAUAGACCUUUGUCAUGCAUAGGUAAAUGGCACUACUUUGAGAAACUGGGUGAAAGUGAAUAUGAAAGCAAGCAGCUUGUACUUUUGGCGUGUUUGAACACAGAAGAACUGCAUGAAGUUGUUAGCACUGACACUACAAUGUCAUUCAGUUCUAAACACAGUCUUGAUGGAAGUUUUAUAUUUGCUGACCAUGAAUGUUCUGGUAUUACUGGAUAUCUACCAUAUGAAUUAUUGGGGAAGUCAAUAUACAGUUUCGUUCACGAUAAUGACAUUUCAUAUUUAUGCGAUGCUCACAAAGAAAUCACUAAAUCUUCGGAUGCAAUUCAAGUUUUCUUCCGUUUCCGCUCAAAGGGGAAUGAUUGGUUAUUGUUUAAAGUCGAAUGCAAGAUGGUUGCAAAUAAGACAAGUCAUGAUCAACCAGAUUAUAUCAGCUUGAACUUUAUUUCAGCUAACACCAACGAAAUACACUACUUUCGACAGCUUGCUAAAUUUAAAGAGAGAAGCAUCAAAAAUUUGCUGCAACAAGCACGGGAAGCGGCGCAGUCUUUAAAAUCUGACGAGGACACGAACGCGACAGAUGUUACACUCAACGUUGAAAGAAACGAAGAAAAUAUUAAAUUGUGCAAAUCUCCUAAACGUUAUGCCAGUCCAUCCGCUGCUCCGUCCAAGCAGCAAACAAACAAAGAAUCUAAUGUUAAAGAGGCAAUGAUAACUGACGAUUUUAUUAAAGUUCAACAAGACUUGCUUUCCCAGCUGGAAGAAAAACACAAAACUUUAAACAAAGCUUUUGAAAAACAAACUGAUCAGUUGAAGAGAGUUGCCAGCAUCAUGGGGGAGUACGCAUAUUUUAUGGAAGCACCUUCGUUUAAAAGUCAUUACAAACAGCAGUUAGAGAUGUACGACUACUUUUUGUACACGUUAAAAAAACAACAAAGACAACAGCAGUAUUUACAAAAACAGCUUAGUGGUAAAGUCAAGGAAUUGCAUAUUCGACAACGAGCUAUUAAACUUCGUGAAAUGGCUUCAAAUCAACAAAGGGUAUUAGGCAAAAUGAAGAAAGUGAGGGAUGCAACGAGAUGUAACUCAACUGUGAAAGAUCCCUACCAUGAAGUAGACACAGGUCACAUUAGUACACAUAACCCUGUAAGUAUUUGCACAACCGCUGCUGCUGUUUCCAACUCUUCAACUUUUUCUGGACAUUUUGACGUGAAUUUCCAUAACCACACUAAAACUGGAGGACACACCCGCAAAGAAUUUAAUAAGUCUCGAGUUUUCCCUUAUCGGUUUGACAACCUGUUCUUAAAUAUGAAUGCUAAUCAGGACGUCGACAGACAAGAGCAGCAAUCGCCAAUGAGUGGUUUAGUAAGUUCAAUACAAACACCUUACCAACAACUCCCUUUCCAACCACCGCAGAGUCUAACAGUAAGCAACCAACAACAAACCGAAACAGAGUUUUAUUACCAGCUUCCACCAACAGAAAGGUUUGUUGGGCCGGAAGAACAACAGCAGCAGCACCAAAUGGCGCGGCAUUUUCAGACGCAGGAUAACAAGCAGCUGAUGCAACAAAUUGACGUACAAAAUGAAUUCCUUUCGCAAAAUAGUAAUUCUUUAGCUACAACUUGUAAUUCGCCAGACUUACAAAGCAUGCUGUCAAAUGAGAUAUUAGUUAAGCUGCAAGAAUUACAGAAGCACAUAUUGAAUCAACUGCAGUCAGCUAUUCAAUCUAAAAAGGAUAGUACGGAUUUUAGUCAAAUUUUACCUGUAUUACAACACUUACAGGAAUUGCAGCAAUCUAUGAUAGAACAGGAAACUGAACAGAAACAACCAAAAGAAAUUGAACUCCAACAUCAACAGCCACAAGAUCGUCACCAAGAAGAACACGACUUAACAAGACAUGCGUCUGACCACAGUAUUUCUUCAGGCGGCUGUAACAUCGAUGUAAGAACGUCAGAUCUUGUUGCAUCGAUGCAAAGUUUGAAAAACUGCUCAAGAAAUGUUGCUGAACAAAACUUUCCCAGUGAUGUUCCACUUCAGGGAUCCAGCGCUGUUGGAGAUAGUGCUUUUGGUGAUCUUGACGUGCGUCAAGACGAACUAAAAAAUAUCAAAAUGACGUUCGGUUAUGAACACGAUACGAAGUAUGACGCGCCACCUGCUGACUGUUUCCCAAAUGUUUCAUCUCCGGAUCUCCAUUUUCUUAUGUUUAAAGACGAAGAAAUUGAUAAGCAAUCUCCAGAUGAAAAUAAAGACUCUAAUGAUCUGGAUAAAGAGAAGUCACUGGAGAACAAUGAGGAAGAAGAAACAAGUUGUCAUCCGCUUCUAGAAGAUCAGCAACAACUUGCGCAGUUGCAAGAAUCUCAACGAAUGAAUAUUCUGUUGCAACAGCAAGAACUUUUUGCAUCCUCUGAAUCAGAUUUACAACCUCUUCCGUUCUCUCCACCAACUCAACCACAGCCAGUAUCACAAUCACAAGAACAACAAUCGAAUCCGAACGCGACCGCUACAACGUCUUCAGUUGUCAAUUCUACAGAUUACAGUUUUCUUCACUCGCUAAACGAAUCAUCUUUAACUGAUGCUGUAUGGAAUGCUUCAGAAAAUGAAGAAAUGAUCAAUUUCGUACUCUCCGAAAAUGAUUACUUUUUGUGAAGAAAUGUACGAUGCUACGGACACUCCAUAAAGCCGAUACCUGUUUAACUGUCCCGGUGCGAAUAUAUGGACUGAAUUUGAUGUCGAUAAAGCCUGCAUUACAACAGCUGUAUGAUCUGUAUCCCCAGGGUUUUUAAAGCAUGCUACGUUGAGACAUAGAGAUAAGGAAACAAGAAUACAUAAACUUAACUGUCCUGAUUGCUGUUCAAGGAUUUUAAACAAAAAACCAGCAUUUACAAUGAUAUCAGUUAUUCCAUUUGUUUUAUCUGGUUUGUUAAAAAAUAAGUGAUAAAAGUACGAUACAAUGACAGUACAGAACAUUUUGUUUUUGGACCAGAGGAUCGAAUAAUCUUAGAUCGCACUUCGAUUUUAUUCAUAGAAUUCCAAAUACACUGCGGAAAAGUGGGAACUAUUUAUAUCCUUCUACAUAAUUGUAAACUAGUUACUGCAAUUAAUUGUACAAUAUUACGUACAGUGGAAACUAGCCCUUAUCUGUGAGACAUGUUUUCUAGUGAUGUUUUGAUAUACUUUGAAACCUUUUCAGCAUCCCAUAUAAAACAUGUUUUAGCUUAGGUGAAUUUUUACUAAAAAUACCAGUCUUUAUUACACAAACUAGUGGAUGUUGACUUAUUGGCUUAUCAUUUACUUUGUAGAAGCCGAAAUUGCAGAGCCCUGAUUUUAAUUUCUGAGUACUUUUGUGUGAUCUAGGGUACUUUUCCUCGAAAUUUAGGAUAACGUGUAAAGCAGAAUCUCCACUGGACGAUAUUCGCGACGAUUUUUGUGACGAAAAGUAGAAACCAACUCAACUUUUCGUCAUGACGAAAAUCGCGACCAAUCAAAUUCGAGUAUUAACGAUCAUCGUAAAAAUCGUCCCGUGAAGACUCGCCGUAAAAAAGUUACUUUCUCAAAUAAAUUAUUUUUUAUAUUUAUAGCAUUUUUUAUUUUAUAUUUUGCUGUGCAAAAAAUAUUUUAUAUCUUGUAUUUUUAUUAUUGAGGAUUUAAAUAUUUUACUUUAACCAAA